AUGAUUCGGUACCGGGUUACGCUGGUACUCAGUUUACUGGUGAUCUAUUUCUUUCGCCUAAUUUUCGCUUCCGGCGGUGACCGCAGCCAAUACUAUCAGAAUUGUUUAAAGUUUUGCACGCUCGAUAACUGUACCAAGUCUGGAAUUUCGUACACCCGAGAAUUACAAUGGAAGCAUGACCCGAUCAAUAAGUUGCUCCUGUGGACAUGUUACGACGAGUGCGGCUACGAGUGUAUGUGGAAGACAACCAGCGCAUUUCAUAACCGCAACUGGACCACUCCCCAAUUUUACGGGAAGUGGCCCUUUGUCCGGUUUCUUGGCAUGCAAGAACCGGCAUCAGUUGUUUUCUCCGUGGCCAACUUCGUUACGCACUACAAAAUGAUGCAACGCUUCAAGCGGGAAGUUCGCUCCGACAGCCCCAUGUUUGGGACGUGGCGCUUUUUUUCCUACAUCUGCCUCAAUGCUUGGAUUUGGUCGACCAUCUUUCAUACACGGGAUUUCCCCAUCACGGAGCUGCUGGAUUAUACGUUCGCGUACUCGAUGGUGCUUGCCUCGUUCCACGGCAUGGUGCUGCGCAUGAUACACCGGAUGUCGGUGGUCGUCCGGGGCACCUUCAGUACGCUGUGUGUGCUGUUUUUCGUUAACCACUUUUCGUACCUCAGCAUCGGACGGUUCGACUACUCGUACAACAUGAAAGCGAACAUUGUCACCGGGAUGAGCGGCGCUCUCGGGUGGAUGCUGUGGUGUUUGAUGCAACGCCGGAAACGUCGCUACGUUUGGAAGUGUUUUCUGUUCAUCGUCCUGGCGACCCUGUCGCUGCUGCUGGAAGUAAACGAUUUCCCACCGAUCCUGUGGACCUUCGAUGCGCACUCGAUUUGGCAUCUUGUCACGGCACCACUCACUAUACUAUUCUAUAGUUUUAUCAUUGAAGACUGUAAGACGUUGCGAAAAGAACUGGCGAUCGGCGAAGACGAAGAAAACCGUAAGCUGUUGUAAGGCAACGUUUCGGAAUCCAGCCUGGGGGGCGUUUUCGCAAAGAACCAGCGAACAACUAUCUCCACGACAAUAAUAUACAAGCCAGCGUAAAAACGACGAUCGAAAGUGACAAAAGUACGGGUUAAUUCGACGCAACCAAAUAUCCUUUACGGCGGAUAACACAUUGCGUUGUCGAAAAGUGUCGCGUUCCGUAGAGAAGACAUUUACAGUUUUAAGGAAUUUACAUAAUUCGACAGAUUUUAAUUUAUAAAUCACCAAGCUAAAAACUAACCACAAAACGAUUUUCGAACAAGUUAGUGAUCAGACGGUUGCCAAAAUUACGAUUUUCUUAAUAAGUUUCGCACAGUAACUGCGAGCCGGUGGCUUUACGGAACCAAGCAUCAUCACGGAACAAAUAUCUUAAUGAAGUUUGCGAAAAUAAUAACAUUCUAUACAUCAUCAUCACGAGCAGCACCGGACCCGAGCAGUGUAGAUAGUUAACAUGUCAAUUUUAUGGGCUCGAAAAACUUUCCGCACUUGGAUUCCAGCGUUUGUGAAUGUUUGCUGAUAGUCGUAGCCGUGAAAUUUGUAUCCCUUUGCACGGAUUUCUAGUCAACUUGUACGUGGCCACAGUAGUACGGUGACGCGAGUGGGAUAUUUUAACUUCCCUCAGUUACCAUAUUUCAGUGUAAAACAUGACUGUUUACGAUAAAAAAAACUAUUGCUACCGUUUCGUAACGUAGAG